AUGGCUGCUGCACCUGUUAUCAUUCCAUCGAUAGCGAAGCACACAUCUACGCUAAUCUUCCUGCAUGGCCUUGGUGAUACCGGUCACGGCUGGGCCACCUCGAUGGGUUCACUCCGUACGCCGGACAUGAAGGUAAUUUGUCCAACCGCACCGAACAUGCCGGUCACGAUGAAUGGUGGAUUUCGGUUGAACUCGUGGUUCGAUCUAAAAUCCAUAUCGAUCAGCGACCCGGAAGAUGAGGAAGGCAUCAAGAAAGCGACCCGAUACGUACACGACCUGAUACAGAGUGAAAUGAAGGCCGGUAUUACCUCGAACCGGAUCAUGCUCGGUGGGUUCUCGCAGGGUGGUGCCCUUGCCCUGUACGCGGGCUUAACAUUUGCCGAACCGUUGGCCGGUGUGAUGGCCCUCUCCUGUUGGUUGCCAUUGCACAAAAGCUUCCCGAGCGUGCGAAAGUGUCCCGAUACGGUGCCGAUCCUGCAGUGUCACGGUGACUGUGAUCCAAUCGUGUUCUACAAGUUUGGUCAAUUAUCGUCCAGUGUGUUGAAAUCGUUCAUGAAGAACUCGCACUUUCAAACGUACCAGGGACUGGGCCACAGCUCCUGCGAUGCAGAAUUGAGCGAUAUGAAGAAAUUCAUCGAUGAUCAUGUUCCUCGUCAGUGA